AUGAAUGCUCAAGGUCCUCACCAUCAACCAGUUCAUCGCAUCAGGCUCUCGCUCUGUAGCCAUGGCAAUCCAGACGAGAGACCUGAUCCUGAUGUGACUACAAGACUCGUCCACGGCGAUCCCCGCAUGCGCUACUACCUGGACUACCUCAGCAACGAAUUCACCAGACACUAUGGCCAACACUUCGGACACCCGCAGUUUAUCUUCCUAGACCUGCCCGCCGGCUACUCGCUCUGGUGGAGACCUCGUGGCAACUCUAUCAACAACAGAUCGGGCGUUAGAAAUGGCAACUUCUUCCUUUGGGGCCAUCCUAAUGGCCAAUUCAGAUCUGCGAGCAGUUUUGCUGAUCAUAUCUUUAACACGAUGGCGCUGAAUAGCCCUAUCUGCAACUGUGGUGUUUGCUAG